UUUUUUAAAUACGUACGUAAAGGGAAGUAAGAAAAAUAAAAAAAAAAGAAUAAAAAAAAAACAGGAAAAAGUGAAUGAGGUCGACAAAAUUCUCAUCUGGUGUGUGAAUUCUACAUUACCGACGUAGUAUUUUAAAUACGAGGGGUGAAGGAGGAGGUAAUACGUCGGUCGGUAAAACAGUGUCACGUGCGGUGCCACGCAGUGGAGGAAGGAUGGAAGACGGACAGAGGCUAUUGAGGGAGCCGGUUGCAACCAACCAGUCGCGAAUUCGCGCUUAACGUGAUAACAGUUAGAGAGACUGUUUUCUUGCGCGUGAUACUCUUAAAAUUUUACACUGAUUUUUAAUUCUAUAAAAACUCACGUAAGAAGGAACAGUUUAAUCGUUUUUAACUUAAUCACGCAAAAAAUAGAACUGAAAGAAAUAGAAAGUAAAAAAAAAAAGAACAAGUAGUAACGGAAUAAGAAUAAGAAGUUAAAAGAAGCUAAAAGAAGAGUGGAUCGAAGGUCGUGUGCUACCAAGUCUCAAGUCGACGGAAGCGAUUUAUUCUCUCGUUGGCGACACGGAAGCACGUUUCAUUUAAGGAAUUCGUCCGCUAGUUCAACGUUAGCACGAAAAAGUUAUAUCUAUCAUUUGGAAUACAAGAAUACACGGAGUAACAGUGUACCUAGAUCGAUUUAGCGGUGGGGCGAUCGUUCGUGUAGAGUAGCAGCGUAUGAGAUCGAGAGGAAGAGGAGAAGAAGCGCCCUCGUCUCGUAGAGAAGAUUCGUGCUUAUCGAAGAAGAGAAGAGAGCGGGGCAAGAGAGAGAGAGAGAGAGAGAAAGAGAAAAAAAAGAGAAAUAGGAAAUACGAUAAGUGAGAGAGAAGAAAGAGAGUCCUUCGACGAUUUUGAAUCGCGUUCGAUAAGCCAACCACGAGGAUCACUCUUUCUCUCUCUCUUUCUCUGUCUCUCUCUGUCUCUCUAUCUCUCUUUUUCUUUCUCGACCUACCUCUCUCCCACCCCAUCUCGCUGUCUCUUUCCUCUCUUUCUUGGCACUACGAGUGUGGUGUACUCGUGGGACUACGUUGAAAAUCGCUCGGUGUCGUUGCUUGACAGAACCGGUUUUGUUCGGCUCGGCAAAUCUCGGCGUUUAUACAAAGGUCGUGUGUGCUCACUCGUGAGAGAGCGGUAGGAGUGAGAUUUAUGGAAAACGAAUUUACACGAGGUCACACCCACGGGAGCGGCUCUCUUUCGCUCGCUCUCUCUUCCUUCCUUCCUCCCUCUCUCUCUCUCUCUCUCUCCCUCCCUCCUUUUUUCUCUCUAUCCAUUUUAUACAUUGGCACGUCUAUUUCCACUUCUCUUUAUUAAUAAUAACAACGGCGCUAACGCAACGAUCAUGUUAAAAAGGCGCCACGCGUUCCCGAGUACGCGCCUUGCUAAGAGAAUCGGUUGAGUCUGAACAACCGAAAGAUAAAAGUAAAAGAAAGAAAGAUAACGAGGACCCAGGUGUCCUUCGGAGCACGGAAGAGAAGGAGAGAGACAGAGAGAAAGAGAGCGAGAGAGAAAGAGAGAGAGAGAGAGAGAGAGAGAGAGAGAGAAUUAAAGAAAGAGAAAGAGAUAAUAAACUUUGAGAAAGGAUCGACGAACUCUUUCUUCUUGCUUCAGCAGUGAUACCUGGUUGGACGAAUCCAAAGAAGGUUCAUCUUAAAUCGUUAUGAGGCUGAUGUGUUCCACGUUAAAACCGAAAAGAUACGAUUUUAUUCUGCGAGAACGUUCAAGAGGAACUGGUGAAGUUAGCAUCGAUGGAAACGUCAUAUUCUCCAAUGGACUCUUAUACUUUCAGGGAGAAAAUCAACGAAGAUUGAGGAGCGAGAAAAGCAAAAUGGUCGAAUUCGAAGAAAGUGAAGCUGUCCUCUUGGAGUGGAAAGAACGGAGGGAUUGCUCGUUGCUGCUUGCGAUAGUGCUUUACGAAACCUAGUCCUUGCUACAUUUUUCCAUAGAGAGAAAGAGAGAAAGAGAGAAAGAGAGAGAGAGAGAGAGAGAGAGAGAGAGAGAGAGAGAGAAAGAGAGAGGAAGAGAGAAACAAGGAACUAAAAAAAAAUCAAAGAAAAUCAAACAAAAGGAUAGUGGAAGAGAGUGUGUAAAAAUAUAGGAAAGUCUUGAUGGUUUCGAGUGAUUUUGGCGAUGAAGCGAGCGACGAGCGCUACCGCGGCCUGCGCGUCGCAGGUACAACAACCGGUAGUCGCGCUUCAGGGGAAGAUACACGAUCUUCUCCUUAAUCCAUUGAAUGCUCGUACGGAAGAAGAAGUUACGAUAUUGAAGGGUAUUGGAGGUGUUAAAUCGUUAGUUACAGCGUCAUCGUCAUCCAUUACGGUGACGUCGAAGGAUGAAGCGAAAGCUAAGUCGUCUGCCAUGCCACGGCUGUUGGCUGUUGAUUCGGACAAUUAUAUGCUUAGGAAAGGUGCGGGGAGUACUAACGGAGUCUCCUCGUCUAACCCAACUACGAUGACAGCUCCCACGACGACGACAUCGACAACGUCAUCGUCCAUAGAAACCGUCGGUUGUUCUCGAGUAACGCGAGCUUUUCUAACGAACGCUCCUACAAGUGGCACCUAUACCGAUUUGCAAAUGCACUCAAUUCUUGGUUAUAAUAACAACGAGACGAGACAACAACAACAACAACAACAACAACAACAACAACAACAACAACAACAGCAGCAACAACAACAACAAUCAUUUGACUCAAGACUUAAAACAACAGGGGUGACUUGUGCUAACACAAAUCAAUUCACCCCGCAGAAGUGGUUCGCGAAUCAUUUACAAGCACAACAAUCUCGUUGCUUGUUGAAUAGUUCCAAUAACGGCAACAACAAAUUGGAUUGUCAGCAACAGCAACAAUUUUUGCGUGCAUGUAACGACGAUAAACGCGAGAACGAUAUUGAAGUUGAUAACAAAUCGAGUUUCCCGUGUUGUGCCCGAGUGUUUUCCUUUCAUCGAUAUGUAUGUAGGUGCAUCGAUGCUGGUGCUGUUAACUCGCGGCAACAACAGCAAUUUCUUCAAUCGAAUAAAGAAUCGUGGGAGAUCGAGAGCACUGUUAACGUAGAUUCGAAUCGACUCGUGAACGAUGCGAUUGUUGGAUCUAACUUGUCCACCGAUAAAACUGCUCGCUUGUCAAAGGGCAAAAAUGCGUGUAGUAUCCUCGAGGCGCGGACAUUCGCUGCCUCGAGGGUGCCACUUGGAAGAUUGUCCGCAUGUUGCUGCAUGUGUGCUUCGCUCUGUCCUGUAGACUGCCGCGCGUGCUUCCACAUCGUCUGUUCGGUCUACAGCGGACAGCACCUGUGCCAAUGGAGUAACAAGGGUCACGCGCUACCCGGUCAAAUUUUUUAUGAGGACAAGCCCGUCAGUGAAUGGACAUCGUUAGACGUACUCGAGUGGAUGUCAGCGUUAAAUCUCUACAGCUAUGCGGAUAUUUUUAAAUCUAAAGAUAUCAAAGGCAGCGAUCUACGGUAUUUGGAUCGAGACAAACUCAUGCAUAUGGGUAUAAAAGAUGAACUCGACCAGAAGAUUCUUUUGGUGUGUAUCGAGGAACUCUGCCAGACGUCAGCUCCCCUCUCGUUGCCUGGUAGCACGGACGCGAAUACAUCUUCCACGACAACGAGCCCGACGACAUGCACGACGGCGAGUACGACGACAGCAACAUUGUCUACAACAAUAACAACAACAACUACAGCAGCAGCAGCAGCAGCAGUAGCACUGACAUCAGCUGCAACCGGUAGUAGUAACGUCAAUGCGAGCUGCGCUAUUGGUGGACUCCUUCAUCCAGCCAACAAUACGACCAACGAUAGUCAUAAUCUUGUCUUGCAUAGCUUCAGUAUUUUGCAAAAGUGUGACAAGUGUAGUAAAUAUCUCAGGGGUCUCUUGCAUCAAGGUUUUCUUUGCCGAGAUUGCGGCCUGGUAGCCCACAGAACGUGCUCGGCAAUUGGUCUGCCUAUAAGCUGCGUCCCCGCUGAGUCGAAAAACCGUAGCAAUAGAUACGCUUCCGUAUUCGGCCUUGCCCUGUGUUUACAAUUCGAAACAUCUUCGCGUUCUGCUCCGAUCUUGGUGGAAAGAUGUACACGUUUUCUCGAAGAAAGAGCAUAUGCGGAUACGACUCUAGAUCUCUACAAAGUUUAUUGCAGUAAACCUAACGAGCAAACCCUUGAGUUACGACAAAACUUGGACGAAGACGUGCGCAACGCAGAUUUGGAUCAAUAUACCCCUCAAUGCAUCGCAAGCGUUUUGAAAAUGUUCCUGCAAGAAUUACCAGAUCCAGUAAUACCGGUACAAUUUUAUGACAGGUUCCUAGAAGCAUCAAAUAUGAGAAGUGACGAGCAGUGUGCUGCCCGCUUAGGACAACUUGUUACUGAACUUCCGGAACAUCAUCGGAGUACGUUGUUUCACUUGAUGUCUCACUUUUGUCGUAUAUGUCAGUUGCAACAUGGGAGGGGUUACACGGAACCACCCACUGUACUUGUCCAAGUGUUUCGUCAUAUAUUUAUUAGGCCGCCCUGGGAACGAAUCAUACAAAUUAUACACAAUACAAAAGCUUACAUAAGGAUAAUGGAACUACUGUUGCUGCACGUUGAUUGGAACGAAAGAUUGCCCGAAUUUGCUAGUGCUCCACAGCUUCCACCACGAAAAUUUUCGAGACCUCAGUUUCCUGUUCUAGAUUCAUUUCCUGUUCUUGAAGAAGAUAAUACGACUGAAAAAUCGGGUUCUGCUGGAGACAGUGGCAAGGAUCAACAGUCUCAUAGGCCACGAACGCUUCAGGAAGCUGAAUGGUAUUGGGGAGAUAUAACGAGAGAUGAAGUAAAUGAAAAAAUGAUUGAUUCGCCCGAUGGCACUUUCCUAGUUCGCAAUGCGUCUUCCAAAGGAGGUGAAUAUACUCUGACGUUACGUAAAGGUGGUACAAAUAAGCUUAUCAAAAUUUGUCAUCGAAAUGGAAAUUAUGGCUUUUCCGAACCGUAUAAUUUUCAUUCGGUUAUCGAGUUGGUGGAUUACUACAGGAAUUGUUCUUUGGCUCAAUAUAAUUCUACUUUGGAUAUCAAGUUACUAUAUCCUGUAUCACGUUUUCAACAAGACGACGAGAUUGCAAGUACAACGGACAUGGCAACGGUCAAACAAAAGUUUGCUGAACUGAGCAAAGAAAUAGUUGAUACGUGUCGACAAUAUCAAGAUUGUUCCGAAUUGUACAGUAAAACGGCUUACGAGGUUCAAUUAAAAAGACAAGCUCUGGAAGCAUUUUCAGAAGCGAUUAAAAUGUUUGAGGAUCAAAUGAAAUUGCAGGAAAAGUUCCAAAAAGAAGCUCAGCCGCACGAGAUAUCGACCCUAACCGAAAAUGCAGAGCUGUUGAAACGCAGAUUGAAAUCUUUAGAAGACAGUAAAGAACAAUUAGAUGAUAGUUUAAAGCAGCGAAUCGCUUAUAAUAGAACUCUUGAAAGAGAAAUGCAUAAGUUAAAGCCGGAAAUUAUUCAACUAGUGAGGCAAAGGGACAAACAUUUCACAUGGCUGAAGAAAAAUGGCAUGACGGCAAACAAAAUCAAUCAGUUAGUGCUAAAUCAUUCACUUACAAAUCCAUUAGUCGGCGAUUUAGUAUACGGAGAUCUUCAAGAAGUUGAUUUAGAAGUACAUACAGAGGAGAAGACUUGGCUCUUUUUGGAAGGAUCACGUUCCGAUGCUGAUCAUAUUCUUGCUGGUCGGCCGGAUGGCACGUUCCUUGUACGAAGAUCAAGAACUGGCCAAUAUGCUUUGUCGAUUAUGUGCAACGGUACUGUAAAUCACUGUAUCAUAUAUGCAACUGAACGAGGUUACGGUUUUGCUGAACCCUACAAUAUUCAUGAGAGCUUGAAACAUCUAGUUCUACAUUAUGCUCAAAAUUCUCUCGAGGAGCAUAACGAAAGUCUUAGCACGACAUUGGCUUAUCCGGCUUUUGCACCAUCCACGGCUCUGGCACAGCUACAGACUCAACAAAUGCAACUUCAAAUGCAUAUGCCCACGCAAAAUCAAAUACAGUUUAAACGACCUCUCGAAAACCAACCCCAAUUUACACGAAGUUUGGAAAAUCAACAUUUUAUAAGUCAUACGUAAUAUUUAUAUGUUUAUCAAUCUGGUCAAAAUUGUUUGAUAACUUCAGAUACUUGUGCGUGACUUUACGCAAGAAUCGGUCACGUAAAAGGAAUGAACGAAAAAAAGAAAACGUACUUUAUGAAUUUAAAUUCAUAUGUAUAUGCGAUAGAAGAUAAAUACGAGGAGAACUUGUAAUAACGUUGCACCUUCUGAGGGAAGGAUUAUAAAAAGGAUUAUUUUUCUUUUUACCAGAAUAUUUCAAAAUGUGAAGAAUUAUGCUGAUAACUCUAAGGCAUAGCGAUAGCGAUAAUAAUUAUCGGAGGUCCUAGAUAUAGAAGUACCUGUAGUGAAAGCAGUAAUAGUAGGUAGUAGUAAGAGCAGACAACAAAUUUUGGCAGCAGUAUGUCUUUUUAUUAUUUUUUGCUGCCUAUUAAAGCUCCUCCUAUAAAAAACUGCACUAAAUAUUGACAAUUAUUCUAUUUUACAUAUGGGUGUAUAAAAGUUACACCAGUGUUUCCUUUUUUCUGUUAUUUGUUGGAGAUUUAUAUCUUUGUUUUAAAUGAUUGUUUAUUUUGAUUUUACUGAAAUUAAUUCAUAUCUAAUUAUGAAUGAAUUUGGCAAAAUUUAACCGGGAGGAGCAUUAAUAAUUAUAUUUCAGAUUAAUCGACCAACGAUUCACUUUUAAUAUUGCUUUUGUGUACUUUUCUUACGGAUUGAUGAUAGACAUUGUGUCGGAUACCAAAAUACAUUUCGCUGAUUCACAAGUCUUUAUAAAAUCUUUGUCACAUCUUAAAAUCUAAUUUUUCAAUCGAAAACGUAAUUACGACCGGGAGAAUAUUUGUAGUUUAACAACUAAAUCACUCUUCGCUUAAUUAGAUCACAAAGUCCCGUUGAUAAUCAGGGUAGAUGUAUUUCUUGUAAAUUUAAAUAUUAAUGUAGUUAUUAUAGCGAAGAUUAAGGGUGUCCGAAAACUUUUAAAAAAAUAUAUAUGUUUUCGCGUACGGUUUUAUUUUAAAUAUAUUUUUUCUUUCUUUUUUUUCAAUUACUUUUUAAACUUUGUUGAGUGAUUUAGAUUGUAUCGGUGGUUAAAACUUCUGUUGCACCGGAUCUUAUGAACGAUAUCAUAGAUUAUAUUUUCAAAAUCAUCAAUUUAAAAGUCGAUCUUCGGGUCUCGGAAAUUUCCAGAGUUUGUAUAGUUGUAGUUUAAUUCCGAGAAAUUAAGGAGAGAUUAUUCGUGAUAUAAUGAUACGAACACUUUAAUAUCGCGAAAUAUAGUUUUUAGCGCUUAGCCACCGAUUUAAAAAAAUAUAUAUGUAUAUAUAAGUAUAUAUAUAUAUAUACUCGUUAUAUUUCGGUGCUUGUUACAACGAAAUUUCUUCAGAGGUGCAAGAAGUUUUUUAUAUAAUGUAUAGAUUAUA